UUCCCAUGCAAUAUAUAUACACCACACUGCUGCAUGCUCACCACCACACCUCACUCCCCUCUCUACAGCAACCAGCAUUCCAUUUCCAUAGCAAUGACUUUCAACCCUGGCUCUCCUGGCUUCGGCUUCCCCUUUCCCUUCUACCCUCCCAAUCCCAACCCUUAUGCUCCCCUAAACCCCAAUGCUCCGAAGCCACCGGUGAUGCCACCGCGCCCUCAAGCCCCGCCACCCCCGCAGCGUUUCCCGCCACCACCUGCCCCGCCCAUCCGACCCCCGUCACCUCCAGGCCGCGCUCCACCACCACCCGGUCGUGCACCGCCACCGCCUUCUCAAGCCCCACCGCCCCCACGCCGUGCUCCCCCUCCACCCGCCCUGCCACCGCCACCCCCACGACGUGCCCCACCGCCACCAUCAAUGCCCCCACCACCACCACCUCGUCGUGCUCCACCCCCACCAGCAACACCUCCGCCCCCGCCACGCCGUGCUCCACCCCCACCGUCACCGCCCAUUCGACCACCGCCUCCACCAACUCCUCGCCCCUAUGCACCACCACCGCCGUCUCACCCACUAGCACCGCCCCCGCCCCACAUCAGCCCACCAGCACCCGUGCCGCCUCCGCCUAGCCCACCACCCCACAUCGUCAUCAUCGUCGUCUUCGUCUCAUUCGGCGGCCUCCUGUUGCUAGCAUGCCUCGCCGCCCUCUUCUGCUGGCACAAGAAGAGGAGGGAGACGGAGAGGAAGGCGGAGGUGCACAACCUGAGUGGCCAUGUCCAUGUCCACAAGGCGACUGAGUCAGGCCCCAGCGGCGCCAAGGCCACCGUGCUGUCCAUCGACGAGGACCUCAAAUUCCAGGAGGUCGCCGGCGAGUCGUCGAGCGCCGCCGGAGCAGGGAGCCAUCAUACCCCUUGGUCAUGGCACAGGAGGCAGCAGGAAGGCAAAGCAGAGAACAAGGCAGAGCUCAUCAAUGUCACGGAGCACAUCCAUGUCGAUGAGAAGAUUGUAUCAGGGCCUCAGGGGCAAAAGAUCGAGAUCCUUUCAGAAGAUGAGGACAUCAGGUUUGAAGAGGAAGGCAGGAAGGAAAAGGGAGAUCAAAGAUCAAAGACUCGCAUCACCAAGACCUGACAAGAUGAGUCUGCAUGCCCAAGUGUUACUACAGCUCUAAAGAAAGCUACUUCAGCUGAGACGGUAAAGUUAUCCCUACACUUGUGUGAUUUGAUUAUUUUGAUAAGAUUGUAUGUUCUUUGGUGUGAAUGAAAUAAGGGAGUCUCAGACCCCAUUUGGUUGAA